UUCCCUCUCAUACUCCCUCUUUGGGUGCAAAGCGCUGCGAGCGGGAGGACGGGGGCCGGGCGGGGACAGGGGCACCUGCGUAGCUGGACCGCGAGCCCGCGCCCAGCCUGCGCCGCCCCCACCCGGCCCCGGCCCGGCCCGGCCCGAUCCCGUCCCAUCCCUUCUGUUUUUGCCUCCUCCCGGACUGACCCAUUGCUUGGCCGUGGUACGCCACACCGGUCUCCAAAGCUGAGGUUCUUCCUCCAGCCCGGGCUUGCCUUCACUUUAGAUAUGUUUGGCCUCUUCCCUGCGAAACAGCUCGCAUUUAAAACCAGGACUCUUGAACCGACGCCUGACCCCCUUUCCUUCUGCUAAGACUUCACUUCCCUCUGACCUGACCCAUUUCUUCAUCAGAGUCUUGGUUUCCCCUGGGUUGGAGACUGCUCUCUUCCCUUCCAAAUUGAUCUCUGACCUCCCCUCGACAAAAUAUUGAAAACCUUGUCAACUCCCUCAACCAAGGAGUCAGACUUUCUUUUGGACUAAUCUUCACACUCCUAUCAUGGAGGCAGUGUACCUGGUAGUGAAUGGGGUGGGCCUGGUCCUGGAUGUGCUGACUUUGGUGUUGGACCUCAACUUCCUGCUGGUGUCCUCCCUCCUGGCUUCCGUGGCCUGGCUUUUGGCCUUCAUCUACAACCUGCCUCAUACGGUACUGACUAGUCUUCUACACUUGGGACGGGGAGUCCUGCUUUCACUGCUGGCCUUGAUGGAAGCCUUGGUCCGAUUCACCUUUGGGGGUUUUCAGGCCUUGUGUACCCUGCUCUAUAGCUGCUGCUCUGGCCUGGAGAGCCUAAAGCUGGUAGGGCACCUGGCCUCUCAUGGGGCACUGCGGAGCCGGGAAAUACUGCACCGGGGUGUCCUCAAUGUGGUUUCCAGUGGCCAUGCUUUGCUGCGUCAGGCUUGUGACGUCUGUGCCAUUGCCAUGAGCCUGGUGGCUUAUGUGAUCAACAGUCUGGUCAACAUCUGCCUUAUUGGCACACAGAACCUCUUCUCCCUGGUGCUUGCCCUAUGGGAUGCAGUGAUGGGGCCUCUGUGGAGGAUGACAGAUGUGGUAGCUGCCUUCCUAGCCCAUAUUUCCAGCAGUGCUGUGGCCAUGGCUAUCCUUCUUUGGACCCCCUGCCAACUAGCACUGGAGCUGCUGGCCUCAGCUGCCCGUCUCCUGGCCAGCUUUGUGCUGGUCAAUCUCACUGGCCUGGUCUUGCUAGCUUGUGUGCUGGCAGUAACAGUGAUGGUGUUGCACCCGGACUUCACUGUGAGACUGGCCACCCGGGCACUCAGUCAUCUCCAUGCCCGGCCAUCCUACCAUCGUCUCCGAGAGGAUAUCUUGCGGCUGUCUCACCUAGUACUGGGCUUUGAGGCCUGGCGCCGAGUCUGGAGCCGCAGCCUACAACUAGCAAGCUGGCCGAACAGGGGAGUGGCACCUGGAGGCCCCCAGGAUGACCCCAGGAGGGUGUUCCCAGCUAGGCACCGGAGACAGGACACUCUUCUUGAAGCAGGGCCCAGAUCUGAGGCAGAGGAGCAGGAGAGCAGGACCUUCAGAGCAACACCUGCCAGGGGCCGGGAAAGGCUCAAUGAGGAGGACCCUACAGGCGGGCAGGACCCAUGGAAGUUGUUGAAGGAGCAAGAAGAGCGGAAGAAGUGUGUCAUCUGCCAGGACCAGAGCAAGACGGUGCUGCUUCUGCCCUGCCGGCACCUGUGCCUCUGCCAGGCCUGCACUGAAAUCCUGAUGCGCCACCCCAUCUACCAUCGCAACUGUCCACUCUGCCGCCGGGGCAUCCUGCAGACCCUCAAUGUCUACCUCUGAAGACUCUUCCUGCCUGCCCACCCCUUCACGCUCCACACAGACACCCAUGCUAGGACAGCAUUCCACUUCAUCCCUGGGUCCUGGUCUGAAUCCCCUCCUAUCCCUGUGGCUGUCAUGCCAAACCUCCAAGCCAUACAUCCAGGACUUUGAGAUGGGAUACUCUGGAAGACUGUGAUCUAGGUGGGGGCAAGGUAACAUAGCUUCACCUUACCCAGUGGGUCCCUUUGAUGCUGAGGGUGGUGAGUAUGUCACUAUGCAAGGGCCCUGAGACUUCACUGUGGGCUGUUGUCCGCCUGCCUAAGGCCUAUCUAGAUGGCAGCCUUUGGGGUUAUCCCUGUUUCUGUUUUUUUUGUUGGGGAUUUAUAGGUCCUUCUGCCUCCUCACUUCCUCCCCAGUUUCUGUAGCUACAACAGAUCAGUGUUGUUUGGGUGUUUUGGCAAUUCAAGGGCCUUGGAGUGAUUUUGAACCCUGUGCCCUGGUAGGCUUUGGGGGUUAACAUCUCUCAGGUGCCCUUAGAGCCACUUCCCCCUAUUCUUAUGAGGCUGCCUCUCAACCUGAUCCAAAAGCUGGGACCAGGAGUUUACCUCUGUGAGGGUGCAGCUACACCUGGCUUUGGGACCAUAUGCCCUCCAGCACUUCAGCUCACUGGAAACUUUAGGAGGGAUAACCAGACUUCUACUGAUUCCCUUUUCACUCCCUACAUCACACAGAAAAGUGGCAUUCUUCUUCUGUCUCUCCCUAGCAUUGGGGUGAGCAGACCGCACAUUUCACUAGGGUCCAAACACAGAAGUGGCUGGGGCCCAGGGGCUUGCAGUUCUCUAAGGGGUCCAUCUGGUCCAGUUUCCAAUGAAUAAAGUUCUAUUGACAGCUC